AUGGGGCUUGUGCACGAGAUCGGUGCACUGUACACUGCAAUGACCCAUUCAAGGAGUCGCCAAGGGACGCCCCAGGGAGUCGCCAACGGACUCCCCAGGGAGUCGCCAAGGGACGCCCCAGGGAGUCGCCAAGAGACGCCCCAGGGAGUCGCCAAAGGACGCCCCAGGGAGUCGCCAAGGGUCUCCUCAGGGAGUAGCCAAGGGCCGUCCCAGGAAGUCGCCAAGGGCCGUCGCAGGAAGUCGACAAGGGACGCCCCAGGGAGUCGACAAGGGACUCCUCAGGGAGUAGCCAAGGGACGUCCCAGGAAGUCGCCAAGGGCCGUCGCAGGAAGUCGCCAAGGGACGCCCCAGGGAGUCGACAAGGGACUCCCCAGGAAGUCGCCUAGGGACUCCUCAGGGAGUUGCCAAGGGACGCCCCAGGGAGUCGCCAAGGGCCGUCCCAGGAAGUCGCCAAGGGACGGCCCACGAAGUUGCCAAGGGACGCCCCAGGGAGUCGCCAAGGGAUUCGCCAGGGAGUCGCCAAGAGACUCCCCAGGGAGUCGCCAAGGGACUCCCCAAGGAGUCGCCAAGGGCCGUGCCAGAAAGUCGCCAAGGGACGCCCCAGGGAGUCGCCAAGGGACUCCCCAGGGAGUCGCCAAGGGACUCCCCAAGGAGUCGCCAAGGGCCGUCCCAGAAAGUCGCCAAGGGACGCCCAGGGAGUCGCCAAGGGAUGCCCCAGGGAGUCGCCAAGGGACGCCCAAGGGAGUCGCCAAGGGACACCCCAGGGAGUCGCCAAGAGACGCCCCAGGGAGUCGCCAAAGGACGCCCCAGGGAGUCGCCAAGGGUCUCCUCAGGGAGUAG